AUCUCAAAUCUAACGGCCAAAUAUCAUCCAGACAGCAUGAAAUCUAUACAUCUGUCGGAAACACUUCAAAACAUUUCUUUCACUUUUUCUCCCUUAAAUUCCCAAAUCCAAUUCCAACCCUUUCAUUCUUUCUUCGCACAAUCAACAUUCAAUUCAACGCUACUCAACCUCAAUUCCCUCUACCUUACUACUCUCUUCCGAUUUCUGAUUAGGGUUAUUGUAUAAUUUGUAUUAUAUAAUUUACGAUUACACUUUUGUUUAUUUUUUCCUUUCAAUUUUGUAUCUUUCUUUUCAUAAUUCAAUUUUACUGUUGAUUGAUGUAUUCAUUUCCCAUCUUGUAAUCUAGUUUCAAUAUCUAUAUCAAUUAUCUGUAAACUAGGUUUAGGAUUUGGAUUUGGAUUUGGAUUAGGGUUUGUAUUUUUAUUUAUUUUAUUAUCUUCAUUUGUAUUUUGCUUUAUCUGCUAUGGAGAAUUCACGAAGACCGUUUGUUAGAUCGAAAGAACCAAUUUUGAAGCGACCCAGAUUAAUGAAAGAUCUGGAACGUUCUCCUAAUUCGAGUGCUCCAGUGUUUCCACAGAGACAACAGCAAGUUACUUCUGCUUCACGGUUCAGACAGAAUGAAAGAGAAGAGGAGAAUGUCGACGGUGGUUACCAGCCUCAGCCGUUGCCGUUUCAGGAGCUUGUGGCUCAGUAUAAGAGUGCGCUUGCAGAGCUCACUUUCAAUUCGAAACUGAUAAUUACCAACCUGACUAUAAUUGCAGGCGAAAAUCGAGCUGCUGAGAAGGCCGUUGCUGCCACUAUAAGUGCUAACAUUCUAGAGGUUCCUAGUGAACAAAAGCUGCCAUCUCUUUAUCUCUUAGACAGUAUUGUUAAGAAUAUUGGGCGGGAUUACAUAAAAUACUUUGCUGCCAAACUACCCGAGGUGUUCUGCAAGGCAUACAGACAGGUUGAUCCUCCUGUCCGUCAAAGUAUGAAACACCUUUUUGGAACUUGGAAAGGAGUCUUUCCUCCUCAGACCCUUCAGGCUAUAGACAAAGAACUGGGCUUCACUCCAGCAGUCAAUGGUUCGUCUUCAGCAUCUGCAUCUGCUGCACUCAGGAGUGAUUCCCAGACACAUCAACCACCUCAUAGUAUACAUGUGAAUCCCAAGUAUUUUGAACGACAGCGUGUUCAGGAGUCCAGCAGGAGUAAUCAGCACACUCAUAGAGACCCAUUCGACGAUCCUGUUCCAGAAAAGAGCAUCAGUGCAUCCUAUGGAGGCAGUGAACAUGGUUCCAAUCUUUCAAGGAAUAUGGGCGUGGGUAUUGGCAGAACUGAUGGCAGCAUAACCGAGUUAGGACACAGAACUUUGUACAACAAAACUGCUGCUGGUGUUUCAGGGUCCAUAUCUGGGCAAAGAAAUGGUGUUGGCCUCAAGCAUAGUUUUUCAAAUACUGAAGCUACUACUAUUUCGGAUGCACAACAUCAGCCAACACGAAACAUAACUGGCAUAAAGAGAAAUGUGAUGUCAAGUAGCUGGAAAAAUUCUGAGGAAGAGGAGUACAUGUGGGAUGAGAUGAACACUGGAUUGACUAGUCAUGGUGUCCGUAACAACUUGGGAAACGACGCUUGGACUGCUGAUGAUGAGAAUUUGGACGCUGAAGAUAACCACCACCAAAUCAGAAAUGUUUUUGGGACAAAUGUUGAUAGAGAAAUGACCAAUAGAUCUCAAGCCACUCAAAAGAAACAAUUUCGGCAUCAUCCGUCAUUAUCAUGGAAAUUGCAGGAGCAGCAAUCAAUUGAUGAAUUGAAUAAGGAACUGGGUCACUCGGAUGUAUGUAUGUCAAUGUCUGGUUCCUUACUAGGCAAUGCAAAUUCUUCUGCCGCCAGGAUGGGAAACCGUGCUUUCCUGCCCAAUGCAAGAACUGGAGGACAUCAAUUUCAUUCUGUGGGAUCUGAGUCCACUUCUGGGCAGUCACCUUUGCGACAACGCUCUCCCUCGCCACCAAGUAUUGACCACUCUCAUCUAAUGGAAAAUUUUGAUAAGCAAGACCAUCCUUACACUCGAAAAACAUCUCAUUUUUUGGGAGGUCUGCAUAGCCAAUAUAUUAAAGAUUCUUCAUCCACCCUUUCUCCUAAUAUUCAGAUUGGAGACUUGCAAAGAUCAUCACAGGUAAAAGACUUGCAGUGUCCAUUACCUUCAGCGAGUUUUCAGCCAAGAUAUCGGCAACAACUGAGCUCUUCUCACACUGAAGUAACUGAGAAGCCACCCUUAGCCAAUGUUUCUCUAGCUCGAGAAACCUCAGAGCAGCCAGCCACAAGUCAUACAGAAGCUGCAAGUGUGAAGAGUAGACUAUUCUCCAACAAGCCAAUUACUAGUAGUCUUCCAUCUCUAUUAGGGUCUCGGCCUUCUCAGUCAGGUGGUUCUUUAGUGUCUGCAAAUGCUUCUCCAUCUUCAUCUGCUUUACCAAAAAGACCUAAAAGAAAGGCCGGACAAACAAUAAGGACAUCUACUCUACCACCAGCUUCCUCUAAUGUCAGCAGUGCCUCAGCGCAGACAUCUGGUCCUACAAAUAAAACCUCAAAUCCACUUUCAAACCUUUUAAGCUCAUUAGUUGCAAAGGGUUUGAUAUCCACAGAAACUGAGACACUGGCUGAGGUGCCAUCUGAGGUGGUGACUCGAUUGGAAGAUCACUGCGACAGCUUUAGUACCAGUAGCUCUAUGCCUGUUGCUUCAUUGUCUGGUUCUGCAGCUGUCCCCGUUCCUUCAAACAAAGAUGAGUUAGAUGAUACUGCAAAAACACCUAUGUCCUUAUCUGAAUCAACCAGCACAGAUAUUAGAAAUGUCAUUGGCUUUGAGUUUAAGCCUAAUGUAAUCAGAAAGUUGCAUCCAUCUGUAAUUGCUGGAUUAUUUGAUGAUUUUCCACAUCAUUGCAGCAUUUGUGGCCUUAAGCUCAAAUUCCAAGAACAGUUUAGUAGACACUUGGAGUGGCACGCCACAAGAGAAAGAAAACAAAGUGGUUUAACUACACCAUCAAGAUGGUAUCUGAAGUCAACUGACUGGGUUGCCGGCCAAGCUGAAUGUUCAUCUGAAAAUGAGUUUACUGAUUCUGUAGAUUCACAAGACAAGGAAACAGAUGAAGGUCAAGAGGAUGCAAUGGUUCUAGCAGAUGAAAACCAAUGCUUAUGCGUGUUGUGUGGUGAGCUAUUUGAAGAUGUUUACUGUCAGGAAAAUAGCGAGUGGAUGUUCAAAGGGGCUGUUUACGUGACUGGCUCUGAUAGCGAUACUGAGAUGGGAAUCAAAGAUACAUGUUCUGGAAGGGGUCCCAUCAUUCACACAAAAUGCUUAUCAGAUAACUCGUUAUUGAGUGUCCUCAAGAUGGUAAGGCUUAUUAUUUGAUGUUAGUGGAGAAUAGAGGAUGUCCAAAGUUCAAAUUCAUCUGUUUGUAAGAAUGGGUGGCCCUAUUAUAUUUUUCAGGAACAGGAUUGAAACAAGUUAAGAACACUGGAGCUUUGAUGUUAACAAGAAUUAAGAAACCGAGUAAACCCAGGUUUACUUUAAUCUUAACGAAUCUUGAUAGCUCUUCAUGCUAAAUUUAUUUCUCUAAUUGGUUUCUAGAGCUGACAAACAAAUUUUGUGCUCCAGUUUUUUGUUUUGUUUUGGUUUCCUUUUUCUUGUUCCUUUAUUUUUAUUUCUUGUAUUCAUGAGGACGUAUUAAUUCCUCAGUGCUCAAAGUAUAUAUAUACAUGCAAUAGUUUUUACAGCUCAACUCUUUUCUCGUUGAUGUGGUUGUAUUGUAACUUAAUUUUAUAUGAUAAAGCAGAUUUGUGUUUUUUAUACAGCAUCUGGCUGUAACAUGAAGCAAAGCAGUUAGGCCAUUGUCAUCACAUAUGUUGAGUGACAGUCUCUGUAUCAUUAUAAUUUCAAAAUUCUACUGUAUUACUGGUUCUCCUUCCUACACCGAGAAGUUGGAAAUUGCAGUAUCACUUUUUACACGGGCAUUACAUUUGUAAUUUCCUGAAAUUCAGUUUAUUUGUAAUAUAGAUCUGUUAAGUUUUUCCCUUUUCAAACUACCAAGAUUUUCUCUUUUGUUUCGAUAAAUGUAACAGAACAAAAAUAAAUGUUUUCCUGAUUGGAUUC